AUGGUAGCUACCAGCACUCCAAAUGAAGUUCCAUCCAAUUACGAUCGAAAAAAAUCGGGCGAUGAGUACUGCAUCAACAGUACCAUCUGUGAUUCAGAAGCCAGCCAGUUUAGCAUUCCAGUCAUAGACCUUGAAGGCCUUGACUUUGACAGUUCAACCAAACGCAAGGAUAUUGUUGCGAAAGUUAAAGAGGCAUCAGAGACUUGGGGCUUCUUUCAAAUUGUUAAUCACGGAAUACCUAAUGGUUUUCUGGAGGAGAUUAAGGAUGGGGUGCGUGGGUAUUUUGAGCUAGACACUCAAGUGAAGGAGGAGUUUUACACUCAUGAUCCCUUUAAACCUGUGGUCUACAAUAGUGACUUUGAUCUAUACAGUGCACCCACGACGAAUUGGAGGGACUUAUUUAUGUGCUAUAUGGCUCCUAAUCUUACUAAGGCUGAAGACUUGCCAGCAACUUGCAGAGACAUGCUAGUUGAAUAUUCGAAGCAAGUAAUGAAGUUGUCGAAGUUAUUGUUUGAGUUGUUGUUGGAGGCACUUGGGCUGAAACCGAGUCACUUGAAUGACAUAGAUUGCAGUGAGGGGCUUGUCAUGGUAGGCAAUUACUAUCCUUCUUGCCCACUACCAGAAUUGACUCUGGGCUCAUCCAAGCACGCCGACAAUGAUUUCUUAUCUGGGUUGAUGUCCCACUUUGAACUUUGGAGCAUCAAAACCGGUCAGAAAAGCAUCCUUCCCCAUUUCAACAACCACGUGUGUGGUGUGACCCCUCUCCUCCACCCCUAG